AUAAAAAAUAAAUAAACUUUACCGCUCGACCCGUCCUCAUCUCGAAACUAUGAGACACGUUAUAUAUUUAUUAAAGCGCACUUUUGUCUAUUAAUAAACCAUACCUAUUAGUUUUAGAACAUCUUUCGUGUGUAGUGCCGGGUAACGAUUUUAGUGAAAACGUUUAAUUUGCAUGGAAUAUGCGCUGCGAAAUCAAAUUCUUUAAUAGUUUGCAUUCUUCUUAUUUAAAAGAUGAUAAUAUUUAAAUGCAGUUGUACUCAUGUAUUCUCGUUUAUCAAUAAUUAGAUGACCACAUCUGAAGAAUUUUCAAUUGUGACAUUCAACAAAAGAUAACAUAUAAUUUACUGAUUAGAUCUUUUAAGUGUUAAUCUCGUCAUGAAGAAGUGAUAAUCAUUUGGACAAUAUAGUGUUAAAAUUUUCUGUAUAUCCAUAUUUUGAAUGUAUAUCUAUAAUUUGUAGUGAAUUCAGUGUAAAAUGCCUGGGAAAAUAAAGGUGAAAGUUUUGGCGGGCCGGAAUUUGCCUGUGAUGGACCGAGCUAGUGAUACAACGGAUGCUUUUGUUGAAAUCAAGUUCGGGAGUGUAACACAUAAAACGGAUGUUUGCAGAAAGUCUUUGAAUCCACACUGGAAUAGCACAGAAUGGUAUAGGUUUGAGGUGGACGAGUCAGAGCUUCAAGAUGAACCACUACAGCUUCGUCUCAUGGACCACGAUACUUAUUCGGCCAAUGACGCGAUUGGCAAGGUCGUCAUCAGCCUGGCACCGCUACUUGCCAGAGAGGCCAAUAAUGCCAAGGGCAACGCUCCUCACGGCGCAGUGAUGUCAGGGUGGAUACCGGUGUUCGACACGAUGCACGGCAUCCGGGGCGAGCUGAACGUCAUCGUGAAGGUGGAGCUGUUCUCAGACUUCAAUAAGUACAAAACUUCCAGCUGUGGAGUCCAGUUCUUUCAUUGUCCAAUGAUACCGCCCGGAUAUAAAGCAACAUCAAUACAUGGCUUUGUUGAGGAGUUAGUGGUAAAUGACGACCCAGAGUAUCAAUGGAUAGACAAGAUCAGGACUCCUAGAGCUUCUAACGAGGCGAGGCAGGUCGCCUUCAUCAAGCUUAGUAAUCAGGUUCAGCGGUUAGUUGGUCUGAAGGCUGCGGAAUUGGGCGCCAACGCUGUGGUCGGUUACCAGCAGGACUUCGACUUGGAAGGCGAGGCGGGUGUCGUCGCCAGAGCUAUUGGCACAGCUGUCAGUAUAACACCACUGCCUACCCCAUCGCAACCUAUGAACAUACCACCCUGCACACAACAACAAUUAAAGAAAUAUUUGGACAUUUUAUCGACCGAUAACGAAAACACUACCGACUUAAAUGAAUAUUAUCAACACCAUCAGGACGAAUUGGCAAAGCUGCUUACAAUUCUUAAUCCUAAGACUCCAACACUUUUAGAUGAAACGGAUGUCAUUGAGGAUAAUGAUGAUGAAAAAAGUUAUGCCUUAACCAGACAAUCUAGUAUUAAAAGUUACACUGGCAGUGUUUCUAUAUACCAGGACGAUUAUAUAUCGCAGAAAAGUCUCAAACAUAUAUCAGAAGACCAAACCGAUUUAAAUAGACUACUCAAUCGUAACUCUUUAGAUUCUGAUUCUCCAGGGCCAUUAAGGAAAAUAAAGAAAUUCAAAACCAAUUUUUUCCUCAAAAGACUAAGCAGCAUGCGCGGUCGCAAAGACACACAAGACGAUCAAAUAUCACUGAAAUCGAAUUCUUCUGAUGCCUCUAGAAUUUCACUAGAUAUAAAGAAUGAGUUUAAAAAGUUUAAACGCAUGAAAAAGCCUAAAUUUUCCAAGACUUAUACCAAUAACGCAGAUGAAGGUAUAGGUAUGGCAUCUGUACUCGCCAGAUCUGUGAUUCAUGCUCAUACUAGUCUUGCUUGUAUUGCUGAAACUCAAGAUUCUGAACACUCCCCUAAUUCAACAUUAAGACGUGCUAGUGAAUCUGAACCCACAAUUAACGUAUCUGAUGAGGAUAAACCCAAAACUACUACUGAUACAGACACAUCUAUUGAUGCUAAUAGCAAUAAAGAUGAAAAUAAAAAGGUGCCUGAGAUACAUUUUUCAUCUCUCAAAAACAUUAAUUCUGAUGAACCUGAAAUUCUAGAAAAACGUGGAAGAAGAUUAUCAGAAUCUUGUCCAACGUCUCCGAUGGCUAGUAGGAAUGACAAUCUUCUUAAAUUACCAGAAGACGCUGAUUAUUACGGUUCAGUAUCAUCUGCACUAUCUGGUGAGAGUUCAGAAAUAUAUUCUAGCUCAGACGAAGACGAUGAAAGUUCUGAUGUAAGAACAGACACGGAAAAAUCAAUUGAAACUACUAGUUCCCUUGUACACUCAGUUCUAAGCCACGAAAUAAAUCCAGCUUUAAUAGCACAAAUGGAUAGAAAGCUUAGCACCCUUAAAACUGAAAAACUUGAUCGCCAACUUCUUGAGGAGGAUAUACAAAAUAAAACCACAGAUGCUUAUAAAUUUGAUAAUACAAGAAACGAAAACAAUGAUAUGGAAAAACAAGAGGUCGCAGCAAUAUCUGCUGGUGAACAUCCCGAAAUGUUUGUAGUUAAAAAAUCAAAUAGCCAUCAUUUUAAAUUUCACAACCCUUUUACUCAUAAGAAAGUAUCUAAAAGUCUUAGUGCCCCUACAUCCCCAGUAGAAAAUAGCAGCUUUGUAUAUCGCUCUUCGCAGAAAAUAAAACGACAACUUUCAAAAUUGUCAACCAGCAAUAUGAUAAAAAGCCUCUCGCAUUAUUCUUUAAUACAUAAAAAGAAACAGGAAGAAGUAAAAAGUUUAAGUAAACCGAGUUCAACGGCUGAUAUACUGUCAAAGGUACCUAGUGAAACUGUUUUGGGGUCUCCGUUUCUUUCUUAUGCCGAUUUGCUUAGUUUGGACAAAGAAGGGAUAGAUUUAAAUAAAAGGUUUCAUAAAAGUGAUGAAUAUGUGGGUCCAAAAGUCUCAAUGUAUAUAGGCUCUGAACCUGCUUCUAGGGCAUCUUUGAGUGGAACAUUAUAUACUGAACAUGGCAGUCAUGAUUUAAAUUAUCACGAACAUAAUUCCAAUAAAAAAGAUAAAUGUAGUAUCAAACCAUCUGGUUUACUUCACACUGCUAUGGAGACGAUACUUAUAGAUAAAGUUCAAUCUUUACUAUCUCCAUCAUCACCAGAACCUAUACCGGCUGCCAAUCAAUUUUUUAAUGACGUCUCUGAAAAAUUAGAAAAGGUAGAAGUAGAUAGGAAUAAGACCCCAGAAACAACAGGCUUAGUUCAUACGGCAAUGGAGACUAUUCUUUUAGAUAAAGUUCAAUCUCUCUUAAUUCCUACUACCCCAGAACCAAGUCCUCCGAAACAGUUUUUUGAUAAAAUUGAUCCUAUCUUAGUUCAAUCGAAUAAAAGCGAACAAGAAACAAGUGGCUUAACACAUACAGCUAUGAAAACUAUACUAAUGGAUAAAGUACAAACUUUAGUUAAUCCAAAUACAGAAUUUGAGCCUGUUGAAGUUAAAUCACUAUUAUUAGAUUCCGAAAAAACUUGUAGUAAAAAUCACGAAAUGCAGGAAUCAACGGAAAUUGAAAUAGAACCUUCUAACGAAGAAUCUGGAUCCUUGAAAUCUGCUGAAAAUGAUGCAAAUAUCGAUAAAGUUGAAGCACAUUCACCAAUAUCUAGCUCACUUAUUUCUUCAGAAACAAAGGACGUUUCGACCAACAUUAAUACAGAUUACAAAGAAUUAAAAGAAAAGAAAAAACUAGUCAGACAGGACCGUGUGGAAUCGAAUAAUGAAAACGAGUCGCAUAAAAUGUCCAAAAAAUCUAACACUGUUCCACAUAAACUAACAACGCCGGUUUUACAACACUUCCAUCCCAUUCUUAGUGGUGGUGCACCAUUAGAGACCAUUCCAUCGUUGCCGGAAAGUAGUUUUGAUCAGAGCGAAAGUUUAGAUGAGAUUUCUAGUGGCACUAACAAUGCUAGUGUGUGUGAUAACUCGCAUGCAGCGUGGCCUGUUGACAGGAGCGAGCGAGAUAAAGAUAAGGGUGAGAAAGACAAAGGAUCACCACGUCAUGCGAGGCAUGAGUCCUAUGGAGGGAAGGAGCCUGUUCCAGCUGUUACACACACGCAAAACUCUUCGUUGAAUUCAACAUCGACUCCAAUGGGAAUACAUCGGCGAUCUUCCGAUUCUGACCUCAGUAUUACACCCAAAGGUAGUUCACUAAAUGCGUCUGGGGUAAACGUUGGUAGCGGCGGUGGUGCUAUUUUGAGGCCAUCGAUGAAUAGCAACAACUUGGAAAUGCUCGAGUAUCCCUUCUUAACUAUGACGGAGUACCCACCUGGAUUUAUAGUACAUAUAGGCGGCACGGUGUGCGCGCGGUCGGUGAAGCUGGCGGACGGCGGCGAGAGCGCGGCGCGCGCCGCCUGGUGGGCCGAGCUGCGCACCGAGCUGCGCGCGCACGCCCGCGCGCUGCGCUGCAACGCCGUGCUCGCGUACUCGGACGCCGCCGCCAUCUGUGAGGAUGUGUGUGUCCUGUCUGCAUCAGGAACAGCUGCUGUCAUCAAUCUAGAUUGCGACUUCAACGCGGAGAGCGAACCUAUUCCUGCAAACACCAAGGCGGCAGAUGAAGUAGAUGAGUGCUGUUCGAUAGCUCACGUGCCGUACUCUCCUGGUGCUGGCCCUUAUCGUGCUGAACUGUCCGUCUGUGGAGGUUGCAGGCGCGCGCGGGUGCCGGCGGUGGUGCUGGCGAGCUGCGCGAAGCCGGCGCGGCUGCCGGCCUGCCCCAAGGCCGUCACCAUCACCGCCGUCGCGGCACGUGUACGUAGAGCGCCGCCCACAGGUGAGCCCGCAGCUAGAGACAUCUCCGAUCAGCUGCCGUUCUUAGAGUACGAACUGCACAAGUUACUCAUUGCCAAGUUAAGGAUGCAGGGGGCGAACGCAGUGUUCUCACUGCAGACGCAGGUGUGUGUGGGCGAGCGCUGCGUCAUGGCGCUCGCCAGCGGCUCCGCGGUGCGGCUCGCCGCGCUGCCGCCGCCCACGCCGCCCAGGAUCAAGGCCUCAGAGAACGACAAAGAUGCUCUAGAAAUACAGAAAGCGCUUUGGGACACAUUCACAGCUAACAAAGCAGCGAAUGGUUUCGAUGUUGGAGGACCCGAAUUUAGUACUAACGGUGCGUUACCGGAAGUGGAAGGUGAUGAGUCGACCGCGCCUGCUCUCGACCUCUGUGCGGAUAAAGAUGCCUGCGUACUCGAACUUGAUGAGGCGGAAGACGUGGAGACGGCGCGCACGCUGGCAGCGCGGCGACUGCACGCGCGCCUCCCGCUGUACACCGCGCAGCGAGCGCGAGCCCCGCCCCACGCAUACACGCAGGUGUGGCGCGCCCGACUGCAGCUGGCCGGCCAGGGCGGAGCCAGUACGGCGGCUGAGAGACACGUGGCGCGCGCACUCGACGGCGUCGCGUACAAGCUGCGCCGCCUGCAGCCCUGCGCGCUGCUCGCGCCGCGCCUGCAGCUCGACCUGCCGGAGGAUGAAAUUCAAUUGGUCCUCUCCGGAGCAGCCAUUCCCUUAGUGGACCCGACGAAGCCUGAUAUCAACGGACUAUCAGAAAAUAGGAACUUGCAAACUUCUAACCAAAUACAAACUAGUCAUGGUAAUGGGACGGGUGAUGCCGAUGAUGAUAUCUUCGCAUUGGAUGAGGAGCAGUUGGUGAGGACGCAGCCUUCGGAAGUGGUCGAAGAAAAGGCUCCUAUUAAUGGACAGGCGAGCGCGGCGCCGGCGAGCGUGUCGCUGUGGUCCGCGAGCUCCGCGCGCGGGUCGCGGCUGUGCGCGCUGCGGCUGCUGUUCGUGCGGGAGACCACGUGCGUCCGCGAGCUGGGCGGCCUUAGCGGGUUCCUACACACCUUCACGUGCGAGGUGCUAGCGAUAGCACGUGCGUAUACAGCGGCGCUGGGCGGGAACGCUCUCACAUCGUUCUAUAUCACGCAACUCAUGUUGCAAGACAACGCACACAAAAAUCAGGGUCAAUGUCUACUAUCGGUGGGUGGAGAUGUGGUGCAUAUAACGUAUUAAGUUAAUAUCCAAGUAAUGCAUAUCAAAUUUGAAUGGUGCAACCUACACUAUGAAAAUAUCAAAGAAAUAUAUUGAUAAUGUCAAAGUACAGUCACCUCUAAAAAUAUGACACAUUUUGGUAUUAUAUAUUCUGUGUAUAAUAUGUAUGUACUUACAAUAUACAUGUAUAUGUAUCAGUUAUCUAGUACCCAUAACACAAGCUUUAGCUAGCUAAACUUGGGUCUAGAUAGCACUGUGUAAAUUGUCCUGAGAUUAUUAUUAUGUGAUAUGUAUAGUAACUAAAAUAUCCUAUACACAAUUUUAUAUAAAAAAUAUUUAUUGACGUUUUGAAAAUCAUAAUUAUAGAGGUAACAUUAAUAUCAACCAUUUGUCAUACAUAAACAAAUAUGCAAUUUUUAAUGUCAUAAUGACCUGCCAAAAAAGUGUAUAGUUUAUAUUUCGUUCAUACCAAAUGUUUGUCUGAUAUUAUAGAAAAAAAGUAACAAAACCAAAACUAUCAUCAUCUGCUUCUUCCUUAUCCCAUUUAUUUGGGGUCGGCGUAAUAUGUUUUUCUCUUCCAUUCAUCCCUAAAGCCAAAACCAUUCUCUCGUAAUAUGAAUUUGAGUGAACGAACUGAUAAAAAAAUAAAAGCUUGAGAGAAAACAAUAAGUUAAUUAUUUUAAGAAAUAGCACAAAUUUUACAGCUACAUAUUUUAUUGUUAGAAACUUAGCACUUGUUAUUGUUUGACAUCUUUAAUAUUUAAAUGUAAAUGAAAUCAAAUAACUCAUGCAGGUAUUAAGGCUAAUGGAUAGUACUUAAAUUGUGAUUACUUUUUUAAAUGUACUUGCAAAACCAAACCAAUAUUGAAUUUUUCCUUAAAUGUAA